GGAGGCCGCCUCCCUCCCCAGCUAAAGCGGACAGUAUGUGAAUGGGAGGGAGCCAGAAAGGAGCAUGGUAUCGACUCUGCACCAGCUGUCUCCGUCUCCCGAAGUGGCUGCCGCCGCGGUUCUUGUUCUGCGUGCCCAGCCUCACCGCCUCGUUCUCCUUGCUGUUCGGCCGAUCGGAAGAGUUGAGAGGCAGCCCCAGCUGUGCGGGGCUUUGCGGUAGCGGGGGGGAGGGAAGAGAGGCUGCAAUGCAUAAGCCUCCUCCUUCUCCUCCUCCACCACCACCUCCUUCUCCUCCCCCUGCUGUUUCUGUGCAUCCUCCUUCUCCGCCAGCCUGAAGAAGGUGGUGGUGGUGGUAGUGGUGGCCAGGGGGAGAGGAAGCUGCUUUCGCCCGCCAAGGACACGCACACUUGCGCGCGCGUCCCCCCUGCGUGCACCACCCUGUGGAGAAAGGUGAUCUGGUUUCACAGAGACCAUCUGCUUAAAUGUAAGGAGUUGGAGUUCUGCGGCUAUUUUACUGCAAGUGAUUGAAUUAAAUACAGAUUCUGGAAAUCAUAAGGUCUGAUAUCAUUUGAGAUGUUACCUACAAUACCAGUUGCUGAGGGACAAACCAUUGUGGGAGAGCGGUUGCUUUCAUGUCCUGUUCAUGGAUUUCCCACAAGCAUAUGGCUGACCACUGCUGGAAAGAAGAUGCUAAACUGAAUGGCCCCUUGAUCUAGCAGGCCAGGCCUUAUAAAUCCUUACAAAGAGAGACUAGGUGCAUUUGUUGCACAUCAGGGUACACAAAGGAGGAAGUAAAAUGAGACAGACUGGAAUUCCUUGAAGUGAAAAGGAGAAGAGAUCAGAGCCAGGGUAUUGUAUGGAAGUUAUGAUACAAUGAAAACAUGGAAAGCUACAAAAUCAGGGUACAGAAGAGCCAGCAAGCUUGCGAUGUGGCAAAAUCUUGCCACCUUGGUGGAAACAUUAAUAUCACUGUUGGACAAAAGGAGAGACACAUAAAAGGCUGAUGGCCUACCUAGGAAUCUAGACAAAAUGGGUGACAAGAGUGCUAGCCGAAUAUCUCUAUAAAACAAACAAUGAAGCAACAUAUGAUCAAUCAUCUCAACCUCUCCUGACUGACACAGGCAUAACUGUUGGGAGAAAGGAAUACUAAGCAAGAGACCCUCUAAGAGAGCUGAGAGCAGCGCAUUCAAGCAUGCCAAGGCAAAUCCUCUCUCCCUUUGGCAAGGGCAAGCUUGUGUUUAUUUAGCUGUUCUAUGAGGAUGAGUUGCAUUAAGAAAGGACUGCCUGGAGCUGAGAUGCCACCACCCUCUCAAUCAUCUUGCCCAACCAUGGAAGAUUGGAGACAGGCAACCCCAGAAAUUCCCUUUGAAAAGAGGCAGAAGCCACCUUUGGUCGAGAUGUCACGGCACCACAGCCGGUUUGAAAGAGAUUAUCGCGCAGGAUGGGACCGUCGGGACUGGAGCGCAAAUGGGAAUCAUGUGAACAGUAGUAACUGUAACAGCACAGUGAACAGCAAUAGCAACAAUAGACCAGGACUUCUUCCUGUGCCAAUUGUACCCUCACGACUACAUGCCCCAGCCACAGUUGCUUGUACCACGGUGAACAGUGACGUUAUAACCACGCUUGUGGCUAACUCUUCUGCAGCUUCAACAACCAAAACACCUUGCAUUUCCAAGACGGAGAAUCAGCCUCAAGGAUUAGCAACGAGUGUAAGGUGGGGCCAGACACCCAUCAAUCAGUCUACACCUUGGGACACAGAUGAGCCACCAUCUAAACAGAUGAGGGAGACUGAAAACCCAGGUACAGCUCCAUGGGUGACAACAGUGGCAGCGGGUAGCCAGCCAGCUCUUAUCACUCAUUCAUAUGGGAUGACUCAGCCUCCGACCUUCAGCCCAGCAGUGAACGUCCAAGCCCCUGUCAUUGGAGUUACACCCUCACUCCCUCCACAUGUUACCCCCCAGCUUCCAUUAAUGCCAGCUCAUUACCAGCUUCAGCAGCAGCCUUCACAGCCUCUGAGUAACAUGGUUGUGAACCUGCAAAGCCAACCUUUGUACACGAAUAGCCAGCCCAUUACCAUGUCUUCUAUGACUGGGGUUGGUCAAGUGACUCACCCAGGCCACAAUGCAGUAGGCAAUGGUCACAUGACUUGUCCUCUCCUGCCUCCACCUCCACCUGCUUUGCCUUCAGCUGCCCUACCUAAUAGUGUUCCAGCUACCAAUGGGCAGGCUGCUCCUCAGCUUCCUCCCAACCAGACGGGCAGUCAGGACAAUACCAAUGGGGUACAGAUGCUACGGACUGUUGGUGUGGGGAAGUACGAGUUUACAGACCCUUGGCAUCCAAAAGAAAUGUUGAAGGAGUUGAACCAGCAACGCAGAGCGAAAGAGUUUACAGACCUGAAAAUUAUUGUUGAAGGCAAAGAGUUUGAAGUCCACCAAAAUGUUCUAGCUUCCUGCAGCUUGUAUUUCAAGGACCUGAUUAAAAGGUCAUCCCGGGACAGUAGCCGAAGCGGUGAGAAGCUGGAGUUGGAAUUAUCAAACCUCACAGCGGACGUCCUGGAAUUACUGCUGGAGUUUGUUUAUACAGGUUCCUUAGUAAUAGAUUCCGCCAACGCCAAAACCCUUCUGGAGGCUGCCAGCAAGUUCCAGUUUCAUACUUUCUGCAAAGUCUGUGUGUCAUUUCUAGAAAAACAGUUGACUGCUAGCAAUUGCUUAGGAAUAUUAGCUAUGGCUGAAGCAAUGCAGUGCAGCGAGCUAUACAACAUGGCAAAGGCUUAUGCCUUGCAGAUUUUUCCAGAGGUGGCAAAUCAAGAGGAGAUCCUUAAUAUCUCAAAGGAUGACUUCAUUUCCUACAUGUCCAAUGACAGUCUGAACACCAAAACAGAAGAGCUGGUUUAUGAAACGGUGAUAAAGUGGAUUAAAAAAGAUGCUGCAAUCAGAGCUCAGUAUGCUGCUGAGCUGCUGGCAGUGGUCCGCCUACCCUUCAUCCAUCCCAGUUAUCUGCUAAACGUUGUUGACAAUGAGGAGUUGAUAAAGUCUUCAGAGGCCUGCCGGGACCUAGUGAACGAAGCGAAGCGUUAUCACAUGCUGCCUCACGCCCGACAAGAGAUGCAGACUCCCAGAACCCGGCCCAGGCUAUCAGCAGGUGUGGCUGAAGUAAUAGUCCUAGUUGGGGGCCGUCAGAUGAUUGGCAUGAAUCAACGAGCCUUAACUGCAGUCACAUGUUUCAAUCCUCAAAGCAACAAAUGGUAUCCACUGGCCAGCUUGCCCUUUUAUGAUCGGGAGUUUUUCAGCGUGGUGAGUGCUGGAGACAACGUCUAUCUGUCAGGUGGCAUGGAGUCUGGAGUCACACUCUCUGAUGUCUGGUGUUACAUGUCACUACUUGAUAACUGGAAUCUCGUUUCCCGAAUGACAGUCCCAAGGUGUCGACACAACAGCCUGGUAUAUGAUGGGAAAAUUUAUACCAUUGGAGGCCUUGGUGUGGCAGGCAAUGUUGAUCAUGUGGAGAGGUAUGACACAAUCACCAAUCAAUGGGAGACAGUUGCUCCUUUGCCAAAGGCUGUGCAUUCUGCAGCUGCCACUGUUUGUGGUGGGAAGAUCUAUGUGUUUGGUGGAGUAAAUGAGGCUGGCCGUGCUGCUGGAGUCCUGCAGUCAUAUGUCCCUCAGACUAAUGCAUGGAGCUUUAUAGAAUCACCCAUGAUAGAUAACAAAUAUGCUCCUGCAGUCACUCUCAAUGGCUUCAUCUUUAUUCUUGGAGGAGCUUAUGCACGAGCGACCGCCAUCUAUGACCCAGAAAAAGGCAAUAUUAAAGCAGGCCCCAACAUGAACCACUCAAGGCAGUUCUGCAGUGCGGUGGUUCUUGAUGGAAAGAUUUAUGCCACUGGAGGAAUUGUCAGCAGCGAAGGGCCUGCUCUGGGAAACAUGGAAGCCUAUGACCCCAAGACCAACACCUGGACGCUUCUACCCAACAUGCCGUGUCCUGUGUUCCGACACGGCUGCGUAGUAAUUAAAAAAUACAUCCAGAGUGGUUGAUGCCAACAAGAACUCGGAUGUCAAACUGGAUGUUGCUUGCUGAAAGCUGGCAAGAAAAAGAAACUGUCCUGCCGACACAAAACAAGGAGCUGCAACUGAUGAACCUGUUGUCUAAAAGUAUGAGUAAUCUCUACAUUGAAUGUAGAAAAUCAUCCUCACCUUUUGGUGAACAAGCUAUAGCGUGACUUAACACGAAGGUGCCACUAGAUGUCAUAGUGGUGCUUGUUACAGAUAUAGGCGUUUGGUCUACCCAUGUGCAAUAGCUGAUUUCCCACAUGUCGUUUAACUGCGGGAAAAGAAAGAAUCUGCGUUUUCCCUCCCAGAGAGUAAACUCAAUUCUCGAAAUAACGGUGCCGAAUAGGUUCUGCUAUUACACACGAAGCAUCGGGGCUAUAUGACAUGAAGGUCAAAGUGUCCUUACCACUUUGAUUGCUAUGUUUUUGUUUUAAAACCAACACAUGUUUAUCAAUACCAAUGACCGAGAGAGAACUUACCGUAUGUGACCGACUGUGUAGGUUGAGGUCAGUCUUCCAUCAGAGCAAACAUUUAUUAUGGCUCCUUAGAGCAGAGCUAAUAAAGGGUAGAAGUGUGUCUGUCUACUAGCAUUCCAUGUCCUUUUAAUGAAAAGGUUUUCUGAAGUUGUAUGCCAAUGUGAAUGUGUGGUCGUGAGGAGGGCUUGUUUCUGCCUUUCUACUGUUUUUCUACUGUAUGAUCAAAAUGACAGCUACGUUUCUGUAAAGCGGGAGGCAUCUAGGAGCUUUUAUUAAACUUUUAUUUAUCUAUUCUAAGUUUAGAAAGAAAAUUCUGUGUUGGGUUUCCAUAUUUUGGGCCAGUUAAGGCGAUGCCUUGUGGGGAUGCUGGUUUUGAGAUCACCAAUGAGUGAGAGCCCAGUAGCCAGGAUAUAUGCCACUGUCUAUAUUUUUGUCAGAUGAAUCUUAAAGAUCCAAUCUAUUUUUUCAGUCAGUCUCUCUCCUCUCCCCACCCCCUUCUCCCAAGAGAAUACACGGAAGUCUUAAGGGAACCUUCUCUCUUUCCAGAGGUUUUGGUGGCUGCUUUUCUAAGAAUACAUGCUUUUGAAGCUUCUUACUACACAGGUUUAACAGUGAUAAUGAAAAUGCAUCAGGUUACAUCCUGCAUUAGAGAGAGGGGGUGGGGGUAAGGUUGUUAUGUAGAGUUGUAAGUAUAUCACAGCAGGGCUAUAUUUUUAUAUGUAUAUUAAAAUAUUGUAUAUUCAGAGGAGCAUUGUGAUGUGGAAAUUUCUUUAUAAACUUGUAAGUGGAACAGAUGAGAUGCCAGAAACCUGGGACAACAGGGUUGCAAUGGAAGCAGCUAAUGUUUCUUCCGAUUAACUCUGAGCCAUGGAGCUAUUGCUGAUUUGUUUGCAGCAACCAGGAAUAAACUGGGUGGACACGCCUA